AUGGUGCGCACUUCGCUUGUUGUGUCACUGGUAGCGGUGGCCACCUCUGCCUUAGCGGCAGAUGUCCAUGGAAAGAACAUUGUCAAGACUUUUGUUCCUGGUGCUUAUAUUUUCGAAUUGGAGGAUGGCCAUGACCCUGAUAUCGUCGAACGGUCAGUUGGCAAGCAUGGUACUACCCGAAUGAAGCUUGACUACGACUUGUUCAAGGGUGUCUCAGUGCAACUACACGACAUCGACAAGGCCCACGAGACGGCUGCCAAGCUGGCGGAUAUACCAGCUGUCAAGGCCGUCUUCCCCGUUCAGCUUGUUGCGGUGCCCAAACCGAAUGUUGAGUGGGUCGCUCGGCACACUACCGAUGAGAAGAAGGGCCUCCUUUCCUCAAGGGCUGCUCAGACUGUCUACGCUAAUCAGAAAUUCUACGCUAAUAAGACUGAUGCUUAUUCUCCCCACAUCAUGACACAGAUUGACAAGCUUCAUGCCAAGGGCAUCACUGGCAAGGGUGUCAAAAUUGCUGUCGUUGACACUGGUAUUGACUAUAAGCACCCUGCUCUGGGAGGCUGCUUCGGCCAAGGCUGCCUGGUCUCUUUCGGAACUGACCUUGUUGGUGACGACUAUACCGGCGAAAACACUCCUCACCCUGACCCAGACCCUAUGGACUGCGCCGGUCACGGAUCUCACGUUGCUGGUAUUAUUGCUGCUCAACCAAACAUCUACGGAUUCACUGGCGCUGCUCCUGGAGCUAGCUUAGGUGCUUAUCGAGUCUUUGGCUGCGAAGGAACCGCUGGUACUGAUGUCCUAAUUGCAGCCUUCAACCAGGCUUAUCAGGAUGGUGCUACCGUCAUCACUUCUUCUGUUGGCGGUCAAGGCGGUUGGCCUGAGGAUCCUUGGUGUGAGGUUGUCUCUCGUAUUGUCGAGAAGGGUGUACCGUGUACUAUGUCUGCCGGUAAUAGCGGUAUCGCUGGCCUCUUUGACAUCGGUUCUGCUUCCUCCGGCCGUGGCGUCAUGGCUAUUGCUUCGUUUGAUAAUGUUCAGACGCCUGCUUUCUUUUCCGACGCCAAGUACCAGGUUGACAACGGUACUAAUACCCCGUUUCGAUAUGCCCCUUUUGUAAACGUCACCUGGGACAGCUUCACCCUACCUGCAUGGUCCAGCAGCCUUGAUCCUGAAGACUGCGAUUCAUUCCCUGCUAAUACCACCGAUCUUUCUAAAUACAUUGUCCUGGUCUCGAUUACUUGCGGGCUUCCCGUUCAAUUCCUCCACGCCAUAGACAAAGGUGCUAAGAAUUUUGUGGUUUACGGCGAUAGUCAUGGCGUCGAAAACAUAGCGAUUCCCGAGGACGUCUCCAGCGCUAUCAACUCAGCCUCCGUGAUUGACGCCGAGACUGGUGCUACAUUUAUCAAUGCCCUCAAGAACGGCAAGAAGCUUAUUCUCGAAAUGGCUAGGCCAAAGACUCACUUAGAUGUUGUUAAUAUUAACAACACUGCCACUGGUGGAGCUGUAAGCCUCUUUUCAACUUGGGGCCCAAAUUGGGAAAUGGAUACCAAGCCUCAAUUUGGUGCUCCCGGCGGUCAUAUUCUUUCCACCAUCCCUCGUGCUAUGGGUAGUUACGGGGUUUGGUCUGGAACUUCUAUGUCUUGCCCCCAGGUUGCUGGUAUUAUUGCACUUAUCCACGAGGUCCGUGGAACUUACGAUCCUGGGCUAAUUCAAAACUUGCUAUCUACCAAUGCUAAACCUCAACUCUUUAACGAUGGCAAUAAGUUCUAUGAUUUUUUGGCUCCUGUUCCGCAGCAAGGUGCUGGCCUUAUCCAGGCAUAUGACGCUGCCUAUGCUACUACUCUUCUCUCCCCCUCUAGCUUGUCCUUUAAUGACACUGACCACUUGACCAAGGCACUUGAGUUUAAUCUUACGAACUCCAAUGCGAAGAAGAUUACCUACAAAUUCACAAAUGUUCCUGCCAUAGCCAUGUACUUCUGGAAUUUCAAAGAUUCUUUUCCCAACUUUAGCGAUGAGCCUGUCCUGGCCAAUGCCACUAUCAAAUUUAGUGAAACAAGCGUUACUCUUAAUGGCGGAGAAUCCUGCGUGAUCAGCGUUUCUGCCACUCCCCCCAAGGGCCUGGAUGCUGAUCGCUUAGCUCUGUGGUCUGGUUACAUCGCUAUCAAUGGCACUGAUGGCACCUCUCUGUCUCUGCCGUAUCAAGGUCUUGCCGGCUCCCUCCGCGACCAGACGACCAUUACAAGAGCUAGGCUCUUUAACUCGACAGGCAACGAGUUGGCCCCCAACUCGACCUUGUUGCUCCCCAGACAAGGUGGCGCUAGCGACGGCGACACUUUCCCCAUGCUGGGUUGGUUUUUGCCCUGGGGCUCCCGCAAGAUACUUGCUCACAUCAUCCCCCUGUCUACUCUACCUCCCAACAACCUGACGACCGAAUACAGGGGCGUCAAGACUAUUGGCCAGCCUAGCGGCUUCCCCGCUCUGUGGCAGUCCAGGGGCCUGAACGGGUUCGAUUUUACUGGCCGUCUUGACUCCGGGUACUAUGCUCCUCCUGGCAGGUACAAAGUCAUUUUCCGCGCCCUGAGAAUCUUUGGUAACGAGACGAAGGAGGAGGAUUGGGAUGUUGUUACGACACCUGCAUUCUUCAUCAAGUACCAGGAUACGGGAUAUGACACAUGA